AUGAGAUGCCAUUGCAACGGCACAAGGGCUCCAGAGGAGGAGAAGGGCCGACCAGGAGGGCAGCCGAACACCGUCCAAUCGUCCGGAAAGCAGUCGAACGGCCUCCAACUUGGCCAGUCGCGUUCCUUGGAACGCCGCCUUCGGCACAUGAAAAUCGACAGUCGCCGCCGCACACGGUCCAAGAACAAUGAGGAGUGGUCGGUGCCAGAGGAGGAACCAGAAAUGCCCUUGGCCAAUGUGGCAACGUCUUUGAGCUUCGGGCCUCGUGGCACCGACGGCAGGAUGAAGACUGAGGGUCUUCGCGCCACCGCCAUGGGUUUUGGCUUCAGCACGGAGCAGAGUGAGGGCCCUGCAGUGCCCUCUACACCGGGCGGCUUCCAAUCAGAAGGGGACAGAAGCAUCGACGGUCUGGGUGUGUCACCCACAAAGAGCACCGUGUCCAAAGUGAGAAGCAAGAUCUCUGUGGCCCAUCAGGAGGACGACGGCUUUGAAGCGAUCAAUUUCGUAGAGCCGGAACCAGGUCAUUGGGAUCUGAAUCGCAGUGGUGUCAUCCCCGUCUCCGUCUUCGUUGGUUUGUGGACGGCCUGCGCCUGCGGCGUCUUGUUCGCCAUGGUCUACAUCUAUCGCUUUCAGGAAGUGCUGAAGAGCUACCAACUGGCCGAAGAGUCUGCUUUGGCACACGCACGGCUGGUGGCCGCAGAUUUGUUGCUACCCACUGUGGGGGCCGUCGAUGCCGUUCAGGCGAUCCGACACCCAGAUGGGGAUGGAAACCAAGUGGGCAGCAAAGAAUGA